ACCAGCUGACGUUAAUAUGCACCCGUUGGACGGCAUCAGUCGGGAGCCGUGUUGUUCAGGGCUGGAGGACUCCUCACGGGAAAAGCUUUGUUCAAGAGGGAUUUUUUUCGUUUUCAGUUUGCAGCUUGUGUUUGUGAAAAUGACUUUCUUGUGAACUUGUCCGUGUACUUUGUCAUGAGAAGCAACCUGCUGUGAGGCGCCGUUGACUCCAUGCAUCGCUUUCCCUCUCAUGCGCUACCCAUGGACCCUCAGGUGUGUCCGCCGCCGCUGAGCAGCAGCCAGUCCAUGGUCAGCACAUAUGACAAGUCCCCAAUAAGCACCUUCAAGCCGAGCCACUCGCGGAACAACAGCUCCGGCUCCUCCAAACAUGCGAAGCAGUCCCGUAACUGGGAGGUGAUGGAGGACAUGCAGCAUGUGGAGUGUGGGCUCGGCUCCACUCUGGACCUCAGUAUUCCAGGCAUCUGCGAAGGCUUCCUGAUGAAGAGGAGGAAGUACCCGCUCAAAGGCUGGCACAAGAGAUACUUCAUGUUGGAGAAAGGAAUUCUUGCCUACUCAAAAACCCAGCAAGACAUCCAGAAAGGCAAGCUCCACGGUUCCCUGGACAUCAGCCUGGCUGUUAUGUCCAUCAACAAAAAGUCCAAACGCAUCGAUCUGGAUGGCGGACACAACCUGUACCACCUGAAGGCCAGGAGCCACGAGAUCUUCUACAUCUGGCUGACCAAGCUGUGCGCCCACCGCGUGUUCAAGAAGAACGAGGCCAUGAGCGUCCACCGCGGCGUCCUGCACGCGCUCUCCACCGGACAGAGCUCCUUACCGGCCGUGGUCAGUUACGCCCAGCAGAGCCGAGUGACGCCCCCUCACUACGCCUGCUCAGCCCCAGGUUAUGCAGCAGACAUGGAGAGUCCUGCGUCAGCCAUGACCUCCAACUCUGGGGUGACCAACAAAGUGUCAGCGUGGCUGCAGCAGACCCACGACAUCGACGCCACCUCCAACGAUCUGGCUCGGUGUCAGGCGGAGCUGACCGAGCUGGCUCAGCUCAUCCAGAGGCUCCAGUGGCUGGAAGGAGGUCUGCCCAUCACAAACUCGGACCUGGAGAUGCGAAUCAGCAUGCAGAAUCUCUCUCUGGAGAAACCCAAGAAAAGGGCCAUGAAAGUUCCUGGUCACGCCAGAACUUUGUCCCGGGUUGAGGCCAUGGGGGGAACGGUAGGAGAACGACGGGGUUCUGAACCAGCUUCACGUGAGGCGGCCGCGGUUUUGACCAAGUCUGCUCUUCAGUUCACCUCCAGCCACCUCAGCACGCGCACUUCCACCUUGGGCACAUCAGUCCAGUCCAUCCCCGACUACGUCUACACUCAGCUGUCCAACCCUCAGGUCACCUCGCCUGAAGCCAAGAAGCUCCAGCAGGACAUAUGUGCGGUUUCCCACCGAGUGCACUCCUCUCUCAAGGGCAUUCACGAGGUCUUGACCUUGGAGAGAGAGCGGCUGCGGCAGGCCUGGACCAGCCCCGACCUGAGGCAGAACACCUCGCAGCAGCUGGCCUCGCUGUGCAGCACUUUGUCUGAGUUUGACAUACAGUCCCGUCUGACCAAAGUCCACUCACUUUCCUUGUCCUCUGACUCUACUGAAGAAUCCUACUGCACUGUCCGCCCAGACCAGAGAACGCCGUCACUCAGCCAUCGCCCUCGUCCUCCCUCGGUGGCUGAAUCCAUGGCCGAAUACUUCGACGCCAGCGAGGUGAUCAUGUGCGAUACUUCGUCAGAGGCCGAGGCUUCUGACGAGUCCGGCCUGAGCGACAUCACCACCACCAGCACCUCUGAGCCGGAGGAGGGACACGCUGCUGCCACUCUCAACUACAGAGCCAGUCUGCACAACGCCCCAGACAAGCCCUCACCAGUACCAGCAGACACUGGCCGUCGCUCCACCCUCCCAGCUCCGUCGGCAGACAACAGCCACAUCGGCAUCAUGACCAUCCUGUACAACAACAUCGGCAAAGACCUUUCCAGAGUGUCCAUGCCGGUGGCUCUGAACGAGCCCCUGUGCCUGCUGCAGAGGCUCAGCGAGGAGCUGGAGUACACUGACCUGCUGGACGUCGCAAACCACAUCGACGAUCCGUACGAGAGGAUGGUCUACGUGGCAGCAUUCUCCAUUUCUGGUUACGCCUGGGCGUCAUGGAGGUAUCGCUACAAACCCUUCAACCCAGUCCUGGGAGAAACCUACGAGAGCCAGAGGGAAGACCGAGGCUUCCGUUACAUCAGUGAGCAGGUCAGCCAUCACCCGCCCGUCUCCGCCUGCCACGCCGAGUCGGACAACUUCACCUUUUGGCAAGAUCAGAGAUGGAAGUACAAGUUCUGGGGGAAGUCAGUGGAGAUCAUGUCUUCUGGACAGGUCAACGUUACACUGCCCAAGUACGGCGACCACUAUGAGUGGAACAAGGCGGUGACGUGUAUCCACAACGUGCUGAGUCAGCAGCGCUGGUUGGAGCACUACGGCGAGGUCAUCAUCAGAAACACCAAGAGCGACGUCUGCUCCUGCAAGAUCACCUUCGUCAAGUCCAGGUACUGGGGCUCCGACAACAGCAAGAACGAGGUUCAAGGCGUGGUUCUGGACCAAGCUGGAGACGUGGUUCAUCGCUUUGGAGGCUUCUGGCAUGAAGGCAUCUUCUGUGACACGCUGCCAACACCCAAGUGCAUCUGGAAGCCAAACGUGCAGCCUGAGGACCACUCCCGCUUCUACGGCUUUUCCCGUUAUGCCAGAGAGCUGAAUGAAGUGACUGCAGAACUGAAGGCUUUGCUCCCGCCCUCAGACACUCGCUUCAGACCAGACCAGAGACUCCUGGAGGAGGGAAGAGUAGCAGAGGCAGACAAGAUGAAGGAUGAGGUGGAGGAGAAGCAGAGGGAGCGGAGGAAGGAGCUCGCCAAGAGGGGGGAGGAGCACGUGCCCAGGUUUUUCAGGAAAGACGUGGACGAGGCUGGCAGAGAGGUCUGGCUGUACAACGGCACCUACUGGAAACUCCGCAAAGAGCCAGGCUUCGCCCACACUGACAACCUGCAUCUGUGGUAGAGACCUGCACAGCGCAACUGAGGCCGAGCACGUAGGUCCCACGACGGAGGAAGAUCCCCUACGUAGUGAAGAUCAGUUAGAGCCGCAUGGUGCAGUGGAGGCAAAGGGCUUUUGAAAGCACACAUGAACCUCUGGUUUGGUUUGAGGUGAGGUGCGCCUGUGGAACGAAUGAAGGAGAAGCCGGAUGCGUUCCCAGCCUUUGCCCUCCUCUGACCACAAUGGAGACCUUGCGUAUGAUCAGAUGUUGGAUGCACAGUUUUUACACUGCCCUUGAGAAAAUGAUUGAUUGUGUGGAUUGAGGCCCGUGUCCUGUAUUUGUGCUGAUCGUGUUCAUUUAGCUUCAUUGUGUCCGUUUAGAGUUGGAGUCCAGAGGAUCGGUGUCAUCGGAGCACACGGUGGCUUCAUGCUGGUGCUUGUUCGGUGUGUUAAAGGGGAACUGGUGGUUUUCUGCUUCCUUCUCGGGUGUUGAUGUCUCAGAUGGUGACUUUUGUAAAUACGGUGUAUAUUUAACCUAGCGAGGUUUAGCUGCGGUACAUUGGUGACUACUUGUCCUCUGAGUCCUUGUGCUGAAUCGAUGUAGUUCUCUUCACGGUUCUUCUCUUGACUGUGUCAAAAUGAGCUGACUGAGAGUCUUGUCUUGGAUCAGUUGAUGCAAUGAAGUAUUUUUAUUGAUGUUUCAACAGUGGAUUUUAAUUAGGAAAAGAGACUCGUGCUCGUUGUCUGUUGUUUCUUUGUGGUUUUGUUCCAAAUAAAAGGCUCCAUAUCAA